AUGCGGCUGUUAAGUGGUACUGCUGCGGCGUUUGUGUGGGGCGCCGCUGUGCUGCAGUUGUAUGCAUCAUCACCAGCAGCAGCAGCAGCAGCAGCAGCAGGAGGAGCAGCAGCAGGAGUAGUAGAUGGUGUAGCACUAGCAGAAGAUGGAGGCGGCAAGGGUUCUAAGCAAGGACGCCGAUCAGCAGCAGCAGCAGCAGCAGCAGCAGGAGGAAGCAAUGGAUACACCGGGGGUGUAUUGACAGAAGAAGAAGCAGAAGAAGCAGAGGAAGCUGUUGCGGUGUAUGGGGAGCAAGCAUUUCACACAUUAAAUAGAUUACAAUUACUACAUUUACUACAAGGAGAGAACAGAAGGAGAAAGAGGUUGUUGGGGCUGACGAGACUAUGCAUGCUUCUAGGUUAUUUAUUUUUAGGUUUAGUUAUACUUGUUGUUGCUUAUGGUGACCCCAUGAAGGUAGUUGAGGAUGUAUUGGGGUUAGUUACAGCUAGCAGCAAACAAGCAGAGAUAGAGAAACUACAAAAAGAAAUACAAACACUAGAAGCAGCACUAAAAAAAAGCGCAGAAAGAGGAGAAAAAGCUGCAGCAAGAGAAGCAGCUUUGAGAGAAGAAGCAGAAGGAGAAAGAAUAAGAUUAGGAGAAAGUAUAGAACUGCUGCAGGCCAGGGUUAUGGAGCUUGAGGAGACAGAAAAAAAACUAAAAACAACACUAGCAGACACACAAACACAACAAGAACAAGAACAAAAACUUCUCUCUUCUCUUAUGAAUCUGCAGCAUAAAAACGCACAGCUAGAACAAGAGAGAGAGCAGCUGCUUAAUGACCUAACUGAAGCAAAAGAAGCUCUCAUGGAUGCAGAGCAGAAGAGAGGAAAGAAAAAGGAUAAAAAGGAGAAAGACAGAAAAAAACUAUUUGACUUUGGGGGCGCGCAGCAACCGUACUAUGAUCCUGCUGCUGCAGCAGGAAUGAUGCCAUCAGCAGCAGCAACAGCAGAAGGAAUGCAGCAGCAGCAGCAGCAGCAGCAGCAGCAGAGAGCUGCUGCUGCUGAACAUCAAUUCGCACCUUUUAUUGCACCGCUUCAGUCUCAGCAUGCUGCUGCUGCUAGCCACACUACUUCUUCUACUCCUUCGCCUGCUGCUGCUGCUGCUGCUGCUCCUCCUGCUGCAGCAGAGCGGGUUACCUGGCUCAUCCCUCAAUCGCAGCAGCAUCAGCAGCAGCAGCAGCAUCAUCAGCAGCAGCAGCAUCAUCAUCAGCAGCAGCAGCAUCAUCAUCAGCAGCAGCAACAACAGCAACAACCAACAACUGCAGCACCAACAGGAAUGCAGCAAGGCCUUCAGCAACCACCAGCAGCGACGCCUCAAGGAUCGGUACAGCCAGGAGGACUGCAGCAGCAGCAGCAGCAGCAGCAACAGCGGCAACAGCAGCAACAACAGCAAUUAGCAGGAGGAGUGCCGCAGCAGCAACCGGGAAUGCAGCAACAACAACUGGGUGGAAUGCAACAGCAACAACAAGGGAUGCAGCAGCAGCAGCAGCAACAACAGCAGCAGCCAGGCAUGCAGCAGCAAGAACAAGGAGCACCGCAGCAGCAACCAGGAGGAGGAUCAAUGCAGCAGCAACCAGGGGGUGUGCAGCAGCAAGCUGGGGGAAUGCAGCAGCAACCAGGAGGACAGCAGCAACAGCCAGGAGGAGCACAACAGCAACCAGGAGGACUGCAGCAGCAACCAGGAGGACCUCAGCAGCAGCAGCAGCAGCAGCAGCAAGGAGCAGGAAUGCAGCCACAAGAAGGAGCGACCCCCGCCGCCCCACUGAAAGCACCAGGAACACCACCAACAGCACCGCGAGCGAUACCGAGGGCAGUGGAGAUGAAGCCGCAGCAGGUUGCUUACUCUCCUCCUAGUCAGGGUGCUGCGGGCCCCCUGGACGGGCCGUGGCCCCCAAAGGCUCCACAGCCGCAGCAGCAGCAACAGCAGCAGCAGCAGCAACAGCCGCAGCAGCCGCAGCUGCAACGCCGAGGGUCUGGUCAGUAUGGACAGCAGCAGCAGCAGCAACAGCAACCACCGCCGCCGCAGCAGCCGCUGCAGCGCCGUGGGUCUGGCCAGUAUGGACAGCAACAACAGCAGCAGCAGCAACAGCAGCCGCAGCAACCGCCGCCGCUGCAGCGCCGAGGGUCUGCACAGCAGUCCACGCCACCUCAACCGCAGCAACAGCAGCAGCAGCAGCAGCAGCAGCAGCCGCAGCCGCUGCAGCAACCCAUGCAGCAGCCUCCGUUGCAGCAGUCGAUGCAGAAGCCGCCGCAGCAGCCACCGAUGCAACCGACGCAGCAGCCACCGAUGCAGCAGCCGAUGCAGCCAACGAUGCAGCAGCCAACGAUGCAGCAGCCGCUGCAGCAGCCGAUGCAGCCACCGAUGCCGCAGCAGCCGAUGCAGCCAACGAUGCAGCAGCAGCCGAUGCAGCGGCCGAUGCAGCAGCCGAUGCAACCUCCACUGCAGCCGCCAAUGCAUCCAUCGAUGCAGCCGCCGAUGCAGCAGCCGAUGCAGCACGGGCUGCAGCAGCCGAUGCAGCAGCCGAUGCAGCCGCCGAUGCAGCAGCCGAUGCAGCCGCCGAUGUCAUCGUCUUCACCGUACAUGCAGCAGCAGCCGCAGACAUCAUCGCCGUUCAUGCAGCAGCAGAGCUCUCCGUAUCCACCGCAGCACCAACCGCUGCAGCGGCAUGCGUCUGUGAUGUUCCCGCUGCAGCAGCCGCCGCAGCAGCAGCAACCGCCGCAGCCUCAGCCGCAAGCAUCGGGUCCCUUCAUUCCGCCGCUGCAGCGCUCUGCUACAACGAGAGAGAAAGACCCCAAGGGCGGCUCCGGGGGAAAGGGAGGCUUCUUCAGGCGGCUGACCACCAUGGGGUCUAAAAAGGGAGGAGGAGGAGGAGGAGGAGGAGGGAGCUUCGACUCACCAGAUAACACGGGAUAUCAAUGA